GACAGGGCGGCUGCACCGGGCUGGCUCUGUUCCUGAGGUCUGGCCUGCGCUGAGCUCCUGCCGCUCAGCAGACUCUGCUUCCAGGUGCCAGGCAGCCAUGGAGCCCAGAGGAUGGCUGAGGACUUACUUGCUUCCCUCUGGGGUCCUUCUACUGGUGAUUCUCACUCUGGUCUUCUUCAGCUACGGGUUCUUCACCCCAAGCACCCAGGCACCGGGAGGCCUGGGAGCUGUGACCAGUGUGGAUGUGGAGGAGCCGGAGCAGCAGCCGGGUGGAGCCUUGUCCAGGUUGGCGUAUCCCCAGCCGAUGGCACUGACGCCCACGAGGAAAGAUGUCCUCGUCCUCACUCCGUGGCUGGCCCCCAUCAUCUGGGAGGGGACCUUCAACAUUGACAUCCUGAAUGAGCAGUUCCAGCUUCAGAACAUCACUGUGGGGCUAUCCGUGUUUGCCGUCAAAAAGUACGUCAACUUCCUGAAGCGGUUCCUGGAGUCUGCGGAGCAGCACUUCAUGGUGGGCUUCCGGGUCAACUACUACGUGUUCACCGACCGGCCGGCCGCCGUGCCCCGGGUGGCGCUGGGGCCGGGGCGGCGGCUGGCGGUGCGGCCCGUGCGCGGCUACGCGCGCUGGCAGGACGUGUCCAUGCGCCGCAUGGGCGUGCUCAGCCAGUUCCUGGCGCGGCGCGGCGCGGCCCACGUGGCCUACCUGGUGUGCGCCGACGUGGACCUGGAGUUCGCCGACCACGUGGGCGCGGAGAUCCUGAGCCCGCUCUUCGGCACCCUGCACCCCGGCUUCUACAGGGCCAGGCGGGACGCCUUCUCCUACGAGCGCCGGCCCGGCUCCCAGGCCUACAUCCCCCGGGACCAGGGCGACUUCUACUACAUGGGGGCCCUUUUUGGGGGGUCAGUGGCGGAGGUGCAGCGGCUCACCAAGGCCUGUCACGAGGCCAUGGUGCGGGACUGGGCCAACGACAUCGAGGCUGUGUGGCACGACGAGAGCCACCUGAACAAGUACCUGCUCCACCACAAGCCCACCAAGGUGCUGUCCCCCGAGUACUUGUGGGACCCGCACAUGCUCUCCCGGCCCUCUGUUCUGAGGAAAAUGCGGUUCAUAGCCGUGCCCAAGAACCACCAGGAGAUCCGCAACAGAUAACAGGACU